AUGGGCAACUCUUCCUCCUCCUCCUCCCGUUCUCAUGAUGAAACUGUUGAUUUCGGCUUCCUGACCCCUCAAGGCGUUUACACGGGCCCACGAGACUGGAAUCAGGCCGUUGUUACUCAGCUCAUCUGUGCCAGAAGACUUGCACCGUUUUACCGGCCACUGGAAGACUACGAUGAUUCUUGGACAGACGACCAGAUCUUAGCGGCGAGGAAGGAGCUUCCGGACUCUGAAGGAGGACUGGAAUCUGCUUCACGGUCUGAACCUCUUUCGGCCUCAUCAAUUUCCUCUAAGUCGUCCAGCCACUCGAAACGACCAAAUACUCUGAAGGAACCUAGUAAACCGGAAGCAGCAGUGUAUAGAGGUGCAACAGAAUGCCCUAUAUGCUUCCUGUAUUAUCCCCAGUAUAUCAAUCAUUCCAGGUGCUGUGACCAAGCCAUAUGUACAGAAUGCUUUGUGCAAAUCAAGCGCAGCGAGCCUACGACUACCCAUCUAGUAUCAGAGCCCGCUGCGUGUCCAUAUUGUGUACAGGAAAACUUUGGUGUUGUGUAUACUCCCCCUCCUUGGCGAGCUGGCAUUGGCAGCGAAGGAUCUCUUUCACCUCGCUCAAUUUCACCCAAGCAAUCUCAGCAAUCACUCGAUCAUCCCGCACCGACGCAUAAACGUAGGCAGAAGAGUUUCAGUGCGGACAGCCCUGAGGUCGUAACGACUGAUCAAAUUCGACCGGACUGGGAAGCCAAAUUAGCAGCUGUGCGCGCGGCGGUCACACGACGAGCAAACCGCCGCAUCAUUAUGCGUCAGGUCGGCGACCGUCUGAUCCCUGUAGGGGUCACUAGUGGGCGCGUGCUUGCACUUUCCCCUGAAGAAGCUGCGAGUGCUGCUAGUGGUGGUGACAACGGAGGCGGGAGCUGGCGACCACGAAGAAGACAGCAAGGUGGUAAUGGCCUCGAGCAGUACCUGGGGCAAGAUUUGGAGGAGAUAAUGAUGAUGGAGGCUAUGAGACUGUCUUUGUUGGAACAUGAAGCCCAACAACGGAAAGAGGCAGAGGAGAAGAAGAAGGCAGACGCACAGGCCAAUAAAGUAACAGACGAUAAUGAGACUAACGAAACCGUCGCCAGUAGUACAAGCUCAAACGGGGCAUCUACUUCGUCCGCUCCUAAUCUUAACUCCAUAGACCUAUCAUCGACUUCCCCUCUCUCUUCAUCCUCUUCAUCGACUCCCGCCCAACAGAAGAAUGAUUCAUUACGAGUUAAACGAGGAUCUUUAUUCAAUCGAAGUCGAUCACCCUCUCCUGCUCCUCCCUCGUCCCAAUCUUCAUUACAAAAUACUCCUCCAUUCAGCACACUCGGUGCGGCGUUGAGUACGGCAUCUACCGCAAGUGCGAUUCUCAGAAGCAGUAGUUCAACCUCUGCCUCCUCUGAUCCUUCCCCGGAAAAGUCCUCUCAAGCCCCAUUGCUCGCGAAAGAAGCAACAUCCCCAUCGACGAUCGAAUCUGCUUCCACGAGCUCCCUACCUUCUAACACCUCCAGCAGUACCACGUCACCUGUUCCUCCUUCAAUAACCAUAGCGCCUGUCCCUCCAUCAGCGCCUAUCUUUCUUCCUCCUGCAUCACCAACCCCACUGGAAUCGCAUUCAGCCUCGAAAAGGCCUCCAUCCAUCAAUACACCAUUUGGCGACAAUGAUUCCUCAUAUGAAAACCUACCCUCUUCUCCAGAAGAAAUUCCCGAAGAAACGCCAUGCGAACCUCUGAUUCCGAAAGACGGGACAAAGAUGGAAACGGAGCUGAAGUCUGAUCCAGAGGCUCCGGUGGGAAGUUCUGAAAGGAAUCAAUAUCAGGAACGCCUAUCUGGACCCUCUGCGUCUAUAUCACAGUGA